AUGCUUCCAUUGGGGUACAUUGCUUUGUAAUAUUUAGUUUUUAGUGAUUUAAAUGCUUAGAAUUUGAGAAACUAUUAAGGUGAAAUGAAUAGGAAUCGAAGUACAAGGAAUUUAUGGCAAAAUGAUUAAAAAAGUCCGAGAGCAAAUAUACAAUAGAAAAAUGAAAGAGUCAGGAAAAAGAGUACUUUCAAGUUUGAAAAUGUUUAAGAUGACAUAAUUCGAAUUUAAAUGGCUUCUGAUGAGAGUUAUGAAAUGGAUAUCAAUGAGGAGAUAGAAAUUGAUAAAAAAGCAAUGUUUAGAGGCAUGCAAACUGAGAUCAGUCCUGAUAGAAGAAAAACAUUCAGAGCCAAGCACUGGUAAAUUUAUAAAACUCUCCAAUAAUACAUGGAUGAGGAGUUGAUUGACGAAGAGAAAGAAGAUGUUCUAGAGCAAACUCCAACUCCUUUAGUGAGACAAAAUCAAAAAUUGGCUCCUGAUGAGUUAAUAUUUUAAAAGAAUUUAUAAAUCCCAGAUAUUAUAGACGAAUUUACAAAGUUGUAUGAAUCUGAUCCUCACAAUGAUAAUUACAAUCUAUAAUUAGUACAUGUAGAAGGUUGGGAAGAAAUUUGGCUGAACCAUCAAUUUUAUAAAGAUACUUAUAUUUUGCUAUGGUUGAGAAAGCUAAUUGUAACAUUUUUUAAUUCAAUUUCAUUAAUUUGUUAUAAAAUUACAACCAACAUAGUAUCGAACUUUAUAAUGCUAUUAUUAGUUUCAAUAAAUAUGGUAUUGUACAUAACCAAAUUUUAUGAUGAUGUUUACAUCACAUACAAAUCAUUAUUUGAUGGUUGGUCGUUAAUCUUCUUUUGGAUUUAUGUUGUAGAGCAUGGUAUAAAGAUAGUUGGAUUAGGAUUAGUUGAGUUCUUAAAGGUAUUCUGGAAUUGCUAUGAUCUCGUCAAUCUUAUUCUCUUUGGGUUGUACAUUUAUGGCAGUUUAACAUUUGACUUCUCUCCCUUAAGAGCAAUGAGGAUAUUGAUUCAAUUAGCAAAGAUCUCUUCGUAAUUGUAAAAGACAUUGAAAGCUUUGACUGAAUCUUUGAAAUAUAUGAUGGAAGCAUCCUUGGUGGUGUUGAUAUUUUGUAUAUUCUUUGCCAACGUUGGUGUUCAUCUUUUCAGUUAAUUAUUAUUGAAUAGAUGUUUCAUAAUUGAAGAGGGGAUCUAAGAUAUCCAAUAGAAUAUAUGUGGGUGGGUGAAUUGUCCAAAUAAUAUGAAAUGUUUUAAGUCCUUGAAUAAUGUGGAUACUGCUACUAAUUUUGAUAAUUUCUUUUUUGCAUUUGCUCAAAUCAUUCGUAUAAUUACCAUGGAUAAUUGGACUGAUGUUAUGUAUUAUACUAUGUACACUCUCAGUCCAAUGACAUGGGUCUACUUUGUUUUGGUCAUUUUUAUUGUAGGCUUUUUCGCAUUUAAUCUAAUUAUUGCUGUUUUGAAGACAUAUUAUUCAUAAAUUGUAUCCAAUUAUUAAGAAGAUAAAGAAGAGUUGUCAAAUAAACAAUCUUACAUCGAACCAUUAAACUUAAGGUUUAUCAAAAAUAUUGGAUUGUAUCAUUAGAUUAAAACAUUAUAAAAGGUGCGUAAACGAUUUUCUCAAUCAAACGUUUCAUAAAUUAAGUCAAUUGAUAAUUUAAUAUUUUCACCAAAAGGAAAUCAAUUGUUACAGAAAUCAAAAAUCAAGACCCAAUUCACGAAUGGGUUUGGAUAAAUAAACAAAUUGUAGAAAAUGGUCAGGAGAGCUAAAACAGUUAAAGAGAAGAAAAAAUAAUUAAGGUUGAUCCUAUCUGCUAGACAACAGAGAUUACUCUAAAAGAGAGAGAAUGAAGAGAUGGGCAUAAUUAAUAGCAAUGAGCAAAGCAUUUUUGAUAAAUGUAAUUUGAAGGCUAUUCUGUAACCACAAAGAAAUUUUAAUAUUGAAUAAUCAAAAUAUGAAUAGGCAGUGUAAGGAGAUGUUAAGGGUAAGAAGAUCUUAAUGAGUUUAAAAUACAAUGAUGUGUUGGCAUGGAAAUUGGAUUUGAAGUAUUCUCAAUAUCAUUCUACAUCAAAAAGAGAUGUAAUAAGUGAACUCAAAGAGAUUUUAGAGAAAGAAAAGAAAUUGAAAGAGCAGUAUGAAAAGGUCAAAAGACAAAAUUUGAAAUAGUACUAUAUGUUAGACAUUUAUGAUAAGCAAAAGGAUAAAGUAACAUAAGAACAGUUGAAAUCUUCAGAUAAUGGACCUCCAUCUAUUCAAAGGCUCUACAGCAUUAAGCUUGAAAUUAAUACUAGAAGUAGAGAAUAAAGUACUGCUUCAAAAAUCAAAUAGAAAUUUCCGAUUAAAUUGAGUCGAAGGAUGUUUACUUCUGAAUUGGAUUUGGAUAAUUCAAAAAAUGAAAUGCCUAGUAACAAAUCAACAAUGACCCGUAAAUCGUAUUUUGAUCAUAUAAGAAAACAGAGAUUAUUCUUUUAGAGAUCUCAAACUAAAAUGGUAAGAGGAACUACUGAUGGCUUUAUGGAAUUUCCAGAAUGGCAAGAGGGGCAAUCGUAUAUCACAAUAAAUGGUAUAAAGUGGAAUCAUGAAGCCUGUUCAAUUUUGAUUCAUAGAAAGAUUAAUGAUCUGGAUGAUCAGCAGUAUUUGGAGGAUGACCAGAUUUUAGAUUUGGAUUGGAUGGAUCAAAAUUAUGAACACUUUGUUAAAAUUAGAAAAAAAGAAUUAGAACAAGGAUAUAUAAGGAGACAUAAUAUUUCAAUCCUGAAUAUCUUGUAAAAUGUAACCAAAAACAAAUUGAUCGCAAUACUUAAAUAGCUCAAUAAGCAUUAGUAUAACAUUUGGAUAUAAGGAUUUUAUGGUUAUUGGAUAGUUCUUUAAUUUAAAUUACAUUAAUUAUUGGAAGAAAAGACUGUCUCAAUUAUUUUUGACUUGUACACCAUGGUUAAUUUCUUUAUUCUUUGUUCAGAUGGCUAUUUAAGUUCUGAUUUAGUUGAUUCAAUCAAUUCAGUUAUGACAUUCUUAUUAUUGGGGGAAAUAACUUUGAAGAUUAUUGGAUAUGGAAUUCAAGAUUUUAGUAAAAAGUCUAGCAAUAACCUGGAUGCUUUUGUUAUUGUUUUGUGUUUGAUAUAAUACUUUAUUUCAAUCACUGAACCCUUUUGGUUGGUACAAUAUAGCAGUGAAAUUAAAGUAUUAAGAGCAUCAAAAGCAUUUAUGCUCUAUAGAGUGAUUAAAUAUAACAAAUUUAUUGUAAGAAUAAUGAAGAUUGCUUAAUUGACAAUGAAGUCAUAUAUAAAUAUCACAUUUUUAAUGUUCUAUAUUAUUUUUAUGUAUGCCAUAAUGGGAUUGUAGUUUUUUGUGAAUAAGUUUGAUGAAACUUAGAGAUUGGCUUAGUUGCAUUCAUUUAAUAGCAUAGGAAAAUCAUGGAUGACUGUAUUUAAUACAAUUACAAACGACGAUGCAGUUGGAAUGUUAAAAGUAGCUACCUAAUACACUGAUACUUGGAUCGGAUUGCUGUUUUAUAUCACAAUGGUAUUUGGGUUGAACUAUUUAAUAUAUGGUUUGGUGAGUGCAGUAUUAUUGGAUGCAUUCUCAUCAGAAUUAGAAAAGGGGAAUCAGUUUGAGGAGAAGAGAGAGAGAAUACUGCAGAAAUUAGGAAUACAAGAGAAUAUUAAUCAGAAUGAGACUCAGUUAGAUACGUUAUCUUCGUAUAAGAAUGAGAAGGAUGAAAAUGAGGAUAUCCUUAAUGAUAUAAAAAUUUAAUAAUAAUAGUUUAUCAAACGAUAGACACUUAAUAGCAAGAAGAGCAUUUAUCAAUAAGUGCCUGAAACAGUGAAGCACAUAUUCAGUAAGUAGAAGUCAUUAGAAAUAUAGUAUUAUAAAGAUAUCGAAUGCGAAUAUUCCCUAUUCAUAUUCCAUUUCAAUAAUAAAUUUAGGAAGUUUUGUUUUAGAACAACUAAAUCUUUCAUCUUCAAAUUUAUAUUGAAUAGUUCAAUUUGCUCUUCUGUAGCUACGAUGAUCAUUAUAUCAUUUGAUGAUAGUUUGCCAUCUUUGCAUACAAAUAACUUAAACACAUUUUAUGAAUAUCAUUUAUUAGCUGUGAAUCUAAUCAUUGCAAUAACUUAUAUUCUGGAGAUCAUUUCUCAAGGGAUGUUAUUGGAUUAAGGAGCAUUCUGUAGAGAUAUUUGGAGAUUUAUAGAUAUCUUGUAUUUGAUUAGUUAUUAUUUGUCCUUUAUGACUCAGUCUCCAUUUUUGAAAUUUUCACUUUAUCUAAUCUAUUUACGCCCUUUGAUGAUGAUCAACAUGUUUCAAAGCAUUUCAGGUAUUAAAAAUGCGAUGAGUUUGAGUCUAGUUCAAAUUCUAAAUAUUAUAGGAGUAAUUUUGUUAGUCUUCUUGAUAUUUGAUGUAAUAGGAAUGCAUUUGUAUUAAAACAAAAUGGGUUAUUGUGAAGAUCUAAUGAAUUUCCAUGUAAAUAAUGAUCUAUGUUUGCAACAAAAUAAGAAUUGGAUCAUUCACCCUUACAAUUUCGAAAAUAUUUUAAAUGGAUUGUUGACAUUAUUCUUGGUUGCAUCUUUGGAUGGAUGGGGAGAAAUUAUGUAAGUAUGCUUUAAUGCAAAUGAUUCUAAAUACGGUCCUACUCCUCUAAAAACCUAAUGGGCUACCUACUUAUUCUUUAUUUUGUUUAUUUUCAUUGGAGCCAUGUUUUUUAUGGGAUUCCUUACAGGCGUACUCUUCACUGAAUUCUAAAAGUAUACUAAAAAGUUAGAAAAUAAGUUUUUGACUAGUGAUCAAUCAUAAUUUCUGAAAAUCUCAGAAUUGAUCUUGGAAUAAAGUCCUGGAUAUAGUAAUCCUCCAAAGACACCCCUUAGAAGAUUGUGUUAUAGAAUUGUGUUUAGUCAAUUAUACCAUAAGUAUUUCAUAGUUGUGUUAUGUGUCAAUACUAUUGUGUUGUGCUUAUUCUAUUCAGAUGCAUCUUAUGAAUACAUGUCAAAUCUUAAUAAGACUUAUUAAGUGUUGACAGGAGUGUUUGCUCUUGAUACGAUUAUCAAGUUGUUGGCCUAUGGUCCAACUCGAUAUUUUGCAACUAAUUGGAGAGUUAUUGAAUUGUCCCUUUCGUUUAUUGCUGUUGCUGAUUUUAUCUAUGAUAGUUAUUGGGGAUGGUUUACUACUUUCUUAAGUGCUAAUUAAUCUGACUAAUACUUCACAUUCUAUAGGAUUUUGUUUUGUUUACGAGACAUCCGUAUAUUGCUGAUAAUUUAGGAGUUCAAGGGACUAUUGAGAUUGCUGAGAGUGCUUUGGUUUUCAAUGCCCCUAUUGUUAAAGAUCUUAUACAUUCAAGUCAUAGCAUAAACUACAUAUGCUCUAAUAGGGAAGGAAUUAUUUUCGCACAUAACCAAUGGAUCAGUAAUUGAUGACAAAUAUGCCAAUUUUAAGAACUUUAUUAAUUCUGCAUUAUUGAUGUUCAAAUGCACUACAGGUGACGAUUGGAGAGCUCUGUUAAUUGAUUGCUCUACUUAAAACUAUUAUUGCAAGAGUGAUCAUAAUUAGUGUGGAUCAUCAUGGUCCUUGCCAUUUUUUCUUUCAUACUAUUUGUUUUCGAAUAUCAUCAUUAUGAACCUAUUUGUGCUAGCCUUAGUGGAUUAAUUUGAAAAUUUUUUUAAUGCUUCAACUAAUGCCAUCCAGACGUUUGUGGAGAAUGUAGAUCAUUUCUGUAAUGUUUGGUGUAAAUACACAUAUGAAACUAAAGGAACCAAAAUGCAUACUCGUUUUAUCGCGCGCUUUUUGUUAGAUUUACAUGAACCCUUAGGAGCACUGGAAGGAGAUAAUGUAUGGGAUGCAGCUAAGAGUGCUUCUAAUUUCAGAAUAAGAGCAAAUAAGCAAGGUUAUGUGUAUUUUAAUGAAUUACUUUAUGAGACAAUUCGAUUUGCUUUUAAAGAAAGUGUAUUCAAAUCAGGAUCAUUGAUAGGUAGAUCACAAAUGAAAUAAUUUGACUUAGCUAUGAAAAGGAAAAUGAAAGAAAAUAACAUGAAAUCAGAAUAAUAAUAAGAUUAAGAAUAUUUUUAGGAUGAAUACAGUUCCAAGCAUUAAAACUUCAACAUCCUUUCAGAAUAUUUAAAUGUGUUGAUUGCUCUUAAGACAUGGGAAGCUUACACUUUGAAACUCAUAGAGAAAACAAAAAAUCUUGAUGAAUACACAGAACAAACCAGUUCGUCAGGAAAUGAUCUGAAAUUGUCAAUGAAUAUCGGAGCCUCAGUUUCAAGGGCAUCUUAAAAUAGAUUAACUUAGACGAUAGACUUGGAUGAUCUUAGAGUGCAAAGGAAUUAUGGACAUUUGAAUAUUUACAAGGAAACUAAAUCAUAUCAAUAUUACUAACAUUGCAUUAUAUUAGAACCCAUAAGCAAAUCGUCACCAUAAGAUACCACUGUUCAAAGAUCUCCGUCAAGUUUUCUUGAAAAUCAAAAAUAAGCUAAUGCUAAUCCAAAGAAAACGAACAUCAAAAGAUAGUCGUCAUUAUUUAAACAAAAUGUACAAUCAUUCAAAGAUGUGCUAGAAAAAGUAUUUUGA